AUGGCAGCCGUGGAUGUUUCAAAUCAGCGAUUUUCAUAUGCCAAUCUUGCAAAAGUGAGCAUGAAAUCAUCGUUUGUAAACCGAUUAUCUGCGCCACCAGCUAUUGGAUGUUUUGACUUCGAAGAUGCAAACAAAGUUGAUCGAUUAGUUUUGAAUAAAUUUAUAUUAUAUGAGACUAAAACGAAUUAUUAUAUGGUGGGAUCUAAUCAAAGUGAUAACAGAUUCCGGAUAUUGAAAAUCGAUCGAACGACGCCUACAGAACUCACCGUGAUUGAGGAUGAUGUUAUCUAUUCUAAACAAGAAAUAACUGAUAUUUUAACAGUUCUUGAGGAAGGAAAUAGAGUCUCAGGAGGUUUAAACAAAGUUGUAAUGGCGUAUGGGAUUGUAGGAUUUAUUAAAUUUAAUGAAGGAUACUACAUUUCAUUAAUUACAAAGAGAAGCGCUGUUGCCUUAAUAGGAGGUCAUUAUAUUUAUCACAUCGAUGAAACAAUUCUUAGACCCAUUGGUCCGCCUACGAAACCUGAAAAGAAUUCUGAUGAAUACAGUUAUACGUAUGAUAUUACACACACGUUACAGCAUAAUAUGACACAUCCACCAAAUCGUAAGAAUUUUUCAUACAACGAAAUGUUUGUUUGGAAUCAUUAUUUAUUAGAAACUGGAUUCAGAAGCUUAAAAAAUAAUUCGGACUGGAUUCUUCCGAUUAUACACGGAUUCGUGGAUCAGUCAAAAAUAUCAAUUUUUGGACGAAAUAUUUUCGUAACGUUGAUUGCACGAAGGUCUCGUUAUUUUGCCGGGGCUCGUUUCUUAAAACGUGGUGUUAAUGAUCAAGGUUAUGUUGCCAAUGAUGUAGAAACUGAGCAAAUCGUAUCGGAAAUGAGUACUACUUCUUUUCAUCGAUCUGGUCUCUAUGAUAACCCGUACUAUUCUUCCUAUGUUCAACAUCGUGGAUCGAUACCGUUAUUUUGGUCACAAGACGUAACAAACAUGUCUCCAAAACCGCCAAUAGCCAUAAACUUUCGAGAUCCCUUCUUUGCUGCUGCGGCAUUGCAUUUCGAUAAUAUGUUUAAACGAUAUGGAGCGCCCAUAAUUGUUUUGAAUUUGAUUAAGACAAAAGAAAAAAAUCCACGUGAGGGAAUUUUAGGAGAUGAAUUUUCAGAGACUAUGGCUUAUUUAAGUCAAUUCUUACCAGAUAAAUGUUUAAAGUAUAUCGCAUGGGAUAUGUCAAAAGCCAGAAAGGGUGACGAAGAUGUUGUAGACUUGAUGGAAGGUUUCGCUGAAGAAUAUUUGGCAGACACUGGAUUUUUCCAUAGUGGGCCAGAGGCAUGGAUAAAUGUUUUAAAAAGAGAAGAGAAAAAUGGAAAGCCUCAAACACGAAGAAUGUUUCUUCGACAAAGCGGGGUUGUUAGGACAAAUUGCAUUGAUUGUCUGGAUCGUACAAACGCCGCCCAGCUAAUAAUUGGAAAAUGUGCUUUAGGACAUCAAUUAUAUGCCCUGGGAAUUAUCGAUGAGCCUCGGGUCCCGGUAGAUUCCGAUGUCCUGAAUAUGUUGACAGAUAUGUACCAUGACCACGGAGAUACCAUUGCGUUGCAGUAUGGUGGAUCAAAUUUGGUUAAUACAAUAGACUCAUAUCGUAAAAUAAAUCAAUGGACAAGUCACUCUAGAGAUUUGAUUGAGAAUCUAAGGAGAUAUUAUAACAAUGCAUUUGCUGAUGCUGAAAAGCAGGAUGCAAUGAAUCUUUUCCUUGGAAACUUUGUUCCACAGAAAGGGCUUCCAAAUUUAUGGGAACUACCAAAUGAUUAUUAUUUGCAUAAUGAGGAUCCACGUUUUAAAAGACCACCUAGAAGUUAUAUAAAUUGGUGGACAAAAGAUGUUCUUGAGCCAAAAGAUGAGCAACCUGAUAUCACAAAAUAUCAGCCUGUCUCACGAUUAGAUCAUCAAUUUGACGACGAGACAGAUCCAUAUUCUGGAUAUUGGAUCGAAUAUUAUCGUCCAAGAUUGUUUACUUCAUUUGAAAAACUAUUCGCAUACAACAUGAAUAGCACAACGAAAUAUAUACCCGCAAUUGCUGAGCUUGGAGCUUAUGAUUAUAGCCCGUUUACUGUUCGUGUUACUCAACAGGCCACGAGAUUGAUGAAUAUCGGAGGUGUUAAAAAAUGGCUUGCGUUACCGAAUACCAAGCCAAAAGAUGUUGAAGAGAAAGAGAAAGGUCAAGGAAUAACAAGUAUAGGAAAGGAUAAUCCGUCAUCGAUAGAAUCGACGGUAUCAAAAAAGGACAAUCCAUCAACUAUUAUGGAAUCAAUGGUAUCAAAAAGCUUAAAUCCAAAUGUAUCAUCAAAUGAGGCCAGAGAAUACAUACAAUAUAUAAAUCAAAAUAAGAAUAUGACUUUAACAUCAACACCAAAUGGAGACAACGAUCCUUCAUUAAAAAGUAAUUCGGAAUAUCCUCAUUAUGCAAGCUUUUGCCUUCGUGCCAACCUUACAAAUCCAAUAACCGAUUUGAAAGUAGAUUCGGUAGAUGAAAAGGUAUAUGGAGAUUAUCUUGAAAUUCCUAGAAAAUAUGCUAUAUUACAAGCGGUUGGUUCAAGUCAAUAUGUUAGUAGCGGUGCAGCUAAGGGGAGAUAUCAAGCUUAUGAAGGUUGGGUAAAGACUGGUAAAUUAGUUGGAAAUAAUAAUGUUGUUAAUAAUAGAAAUAAAGGCGGUGAAAAGGGUGUAAGGAAAGAGUCUUAUAAAGAUAAGAUGAAUACCAUUAAGGAAUAA